CUUUUCGAACGAUGUCGACAUCACGGUUCCUCAAACAUGUGCUUCCGCGGCUUCGUGCCCGUGUCGGAGCUUUCUGGAGUCGCAGGGUGGCAUAGAUUUGAAGCGAGAGUUAGGGCUUCUGCACUGGCUUAUUUGUCGAUAGUUUUUUUAUGCAUGUUCAGCUUCAUCAGACAGCCAUUGUUUCAUGUGUCUAGAAACAGAUCUCUCGCUUUAUAUGAAGUAUGUAAACGUAAUCGUGUUUGUUGAGAAGUGAGACGGUAAGAAAUGAACGACGUGCCAUCUGCGUGGUUGGCUGGACCUGUUGAUUAUGCAUCCUUUCUAAUCUGAUCCGAGGGGCAAAACGGAGGACAAAUAACGAGAGGAUUGACGCCAGAGGUUAUAGAGUCACUGUCAUGCUGCAAGGGGCCUUUUUUCGCGCAUCUGGGUGCCAUAAGAGACCGGUAUAAGCACAGAGAAAACCGUCUUUCUGGGACGGAGAUCGCGCAGGCGAUUGCAAGCAGUACCGCUUUGAAGAUAGUUAGGUUUCGUGGGGUUUUUUUUGUAGAAAUGCUUUUUCAGGAGGACAAUGAUAUCGACUAACAGCAGUUUUUAUAUGGAUUCGAGUUUUUGAGUUCGGGAUUCAAAAAGCAAGAUUUUAAUUGAAAUAAGUUUCUAAUUCUAUUUCUUCCUCCUCGAGCUUGCUAUUUUCUUCUCGCGUAGAGGAGAGGACAACCAGCAAACCGAACAUCAGUUCUGAGUGACAAAGAGGUUAUCAGAGGACCAAUUAGAAAUUUUAGGCAAGAGCUUGCACUUCUAACUUAGAACAGGAAGCGAAGCGGU